AUGUUUAACUCGGUCAACCUGGGCAACUUCUGCUCGCCUUCGCGCAAGGAGAGGGGGGCUGACUUCGGCGAGCGAGGGAGCUGCGCCUCCAACCUCUAUCUGCCCAGUUGCACUUACUACGUGCCAGAGUUCUCCACCGUCUCCUCCUUCCUGCCCCAGGCCCCGUCUCGUCAGAUCUCCUAUCCCUACUCAGCCCAGGUGCCCCCCGUCCGGGAGGUCUCCUAUGGCCUGGAGCCGUCCGGCAAGUGGCACCAUCGGAACAGCUACUCGUCUUGCUAUGCGGCGGCCGACGAGCUUAUGCACCGGGAGUGCCUGCCUCCUUCCACAGUCACUGAGAUCCUCAUGAAAAAUGAAGGCUCCUACGGCGGCCACCACCACCCCAGCGCCCCGCACGCGACCCCCGCAGGCUUCUACUCCUCAGUCAACAAGAACAGCGUCUUGCCCCAAGCCUUCGACCGCUUCUUCGACAACGCCUACUGCGGUGGCGGAGACGCGCCCGCCGAGCCCCCCUGCUCCGGCAAGGGCGAGGCCAAGGGGGAGCCUGAGGCGCCCCCGGCCUCGGGACUAGCGUCCCGGGCAGAGGCCGGUGCUGAGGCCGAGGCCGAGGAGGAGAACACGAAUCCCAGCUCGUCUGGUUCUGCCCACUCAGCGACCAAGGAGCCGGCCAAGGGAGCCGCCCCCAACGCCCCCCGCACCCGCAAGAAGCGCUGCCCUUAUUCGAAAUUCCAGAUCCGGGAACUGGAGCGAGAGUUUUUCUUCAACGUGUACAUCAACAAAGAGAAGCGGCUGCAGCUGUCCCGGAUGCUGAACCUGACUGACCGACAAGUGAAAAUUUGGUUUCAGAACAGAAGGAUGAAAGAAAAAAAACUGAGCAGAGACCGGCUGCAGUAUUUUUCAGGAAAUCCACUGCUGUAA